AUGGCUCCUGCCAAUGAACAGGAGAUGCAAAAGGAGCUGGACAAGUUCAAGGGGAUGCAGGAAGGAUUGCAGAAAGACUAUGAAGCUCGCAUGGGGCUGAUUGCCCAGCAGCAGGAGACAGAGUUGGUCAAGCAGGAGUUCGACUCCAUCGAGGAGGACGCCAUCGUCUACAAACUGGUCGGACCGGUGAUGGUCAAACAGAACGUGGAUGAUGCCAAGGCAAAUGUAUCCAAGCGCCUCGAGUACAUCUCUGGGGAGCUGGAUAGGUCGAACAAAAUCAUCGCCGAAAAGGAGAAGGACCUGGGCGACAAGCAGAAACAGCUGAUAAAGAUGCAGCAAGAGAUCCAGGCAUCUGCAUAA